AUGUGAGUAAAGAGAAGAAGAAGAAGAAGAAGAAGAAGACUCCCAGCCCUGUGGACGUCAUGGAUCUGGUGAGCUCGAAGCGUUCGGGCGUCACGAAGCAGAAGAAGAGGCUCCAGGGUCAGAUGGGACCCGGGAGGAACAAAGCCACCGUGAAGGACAAGAGGAUCAAAUCUGCAGUGGAGGAGUUCAGGAAGAAGCAGAAGAAGAGUCAGCUGAGCGUUAACCUGAAGUACUUUAUGGAAGAUGUCGACAAAGCCAGAGACUCGGACACUGCGAAGAUUUUGAGCCACAAUUCAGGACGUCAGUCGAGGAACCGCCCGGACGCGCCCGCUCCGAAGACCCCGGAGAAAGAGUCCUUGUUCACGGAGAAAGAGUUCCAGCAGUUCCAGAAGGAGUACUUCGGCAGGACUGUGGAGGAGAAGAAAUGAAGCGCACCCUAAAAACAAAAACUCUUCAGGAACCGUUUGGUGGAUGUCAACGGGUUUCUGGACUGGAUUUUCUCCGCUUGAACCUCCUUUUUAUGUCUCUCACAAAGACUGAGGAGAAAUGUUUUUAUAGGUUGAAUCUGAGCAGCUGUUUUCCUCGUCACACACACACUGUCACACACACACACACACUGACACACACACACACUGUCACACACACUGACACACACACACACUGACUGACACA